AUGUCUCGAUACGCAUCAGCUCAUGAGAAUCCCCAAGGCCCUGGUGACUCUAGACCUACUGCUCUACAAAUCAUCAAAGAUGAACAUGCAGAGGGCACUCUCAGAGACAAAAUCAUUGUCAUUACCGGCAUUUCAUCCGGAAUUGGCGUCGAGACUGUCCGCGCUCUUUCAGAAACUGGAGCGAGGUUCUUCUUAACAGCAAGAGACCUCAAGAAGGCACAGAAGGCAUUGGAGGGAUUCUUUGACGCCGACCGUAUGGAGCUUGUGGAAAUGGAUCAGACUUCUUUUGAAAGUAUCAGUGCUGCGGCCAAGCAUAUUCUGAACAGGACGGACAAGGUCAAUAUCCUUAUCGAAAACGCAGGAGUUAUGUCUGUCCCAAACCUUGAGCUCACUAAGGACGGUCAUGAGAUGCAGUUUGGAACCAACUAUCUAUCUCACUUCCUGUUCUUCCAACUGCUCAAACCAGCAUUGCUCGCAGCCGUUACUCCAGAGCUCAACUCGCGAGUAGUCGUUCUUGCUUCGUCAGCCCAUCAUAACGGCGGUAUCAACGAGUCCGACAACUACAACUAUCAGAAAGGAGGCUACGAUCCUCUCCGUGCCUACGCUCAGUCCAAGACGGCAGAUAUAUAUUUGGCGAACGAGAUAGAGCGCCAGUAUGGCGGUCAAGGUCUGCACGCGACCAGUGUUCAUCCUGGAGGCAUCAUGACUGAGCUGGCAAGACAUCUGCCUGUCUCGCAGGUACAAGCUAUUAUCAGCAACGACAUAGCCAAGAGCUUACUCAAGAAUCCUGAGCAGGGAGCUGCGACGACUGUGUGGGCUGCUAUCGGGAAGCAGUGGGAGAAUGUUGGAGGAAGAUAUCUGGCAGAUUGUGAGGAGGCGCCGGUCAGUGAAAACCCCAACUCUCAUUUUGGCAAAGGUUAUGUAGCACAUGCAUAUGACCCGGAGCUUGAGGCUCGGCUUUGGAAAGACUCACUCAAGAUUGUGGGGCUCGAGUGA